CGUCUUUUUUUAGCGACUUUUUUAAGAAAAAAAGUCGCUAGGGGGUCUGAAAACUCGCUAAAUAUAGCGACAAAGUCGCUAAGUUGGCAACACUGGUCCGGAGUAAAAUGGUGCGACGGGCAGUCAGAGCAACAGGUGAUCUGCGUUCCCGGGCAGAAACGUGAUUGACAGCUGUUUUAGCCAAUCGGCUGACAGAGGAAUGAGGGCACCGGCCAAUUGCGCGGUCCCGCAGUGUCAGUAUGGGCGUUGUUCCAGGCUGGGCGCACACACAGCGGCAGUGUCAUCAGCGGUAGAUCCAUACGGGACACUGAGGACAGACGGGCAUGGUGUGUCAGUUUCUGGCGAAGGCUUUGCUGCUGUCUUUGCGGAAAUAAGAGAGGAAAAUAUACCGUGAGCUCAAUUUCAGACGCUGUAGAUGCAGAAGAGGACCGCGUUUCUGUCCAGAGAGAUUAGCUGUAUUAUCUUAUCGUCAUAUGAAGGCUGAACUGAAAGCACUAGCUGACCUUUGCACAUUCAGUACUUGGUGCCAUCAUUUUGUAAUCUAAACAGUUCUUUGGACAUCUGUUGGAUUCAGUUGGCUCUAUCCUUCCAAAUUCACCUGCCUUUCCCCAUGAGAAAAGAUGGGGAAUGGAUUUUCGGAACAACCUAGCUGCCUCGCAAACAUCCCGUUCUUCCAGUCUUUCCACAUUGCCAUUCUUGGACUAGACUCUGCUGGAAAGACCACUGUCUUGUAUAGACUGCAAUUCAAUGAGUUUGUGAACACUGUUCCCACCAAAGGUUUCAAUGCAGAGAAAGUCAGAGUACCACUGGGAGGCCAAAAGACUGUGACUUUCCACUUCUGGGACGUGGGUGGUCAGGAGAAGCUGCGCCCCCUGUGGAAGUCAUACACGAGAUGCACAGAUGGCAUCAUAUUCGUGGUGGACUCUGUGGAUGCAGAGCGCAUGGAGGAGGCCAAAACAGAGCUCCAUAAAAUCGCCAAGAGCUCUGAGAACCAGGGAGUUCCCCUGCUUGUGGUCGCCAACAAACAGGACUUGAGGCACUCUCUAGGAUUGGCUGAAAUUGAGAAACUGCUGGCUUUGAAAGAACUGGGCCCUGCCACACCCUGGCAUCUGCAGCCAGCCUGUGCCAUCAUAGGAGAAGGACUCAGGGAUGGCCUAGACAAACUCCAUGAGAUGAUACUGAAAAGGAGAAAAACGCUUCGGCAGCAAAGAAAAAAGAGAUAAACUUUUCAUGAGACAGACGUUCCUGUUGUUUCGUAUGAAGGAAACCUAAAAAAAGGAAUUUGUCCUGUUAAGCUUCAGGUUCAAAUUCGGUAUGCUGAGUUUUAUCAGUCAAAACUGAGCUUUAGGAUUCCCGGUCUAUGUUUAUGGUCUUAUGUUUAUGCUCUUGAUCAAGAAAUGCACAUAAAGGAAUGCAGUAUGAAGAUGAGAAAGUUUCAGAUAUGUGUGGAUAUGUUAUAAAGAGUUUAUAUGGAUUGCAAAGUAUUGAGGGUUUGGGGUCUGGAAGGGCGAUAGAAGUUGUUUUAAGGAUGUUUGUUCCAAACAAUAUAACCAAAAAUAAUUUAAGAGAAGACUUGGACUAGAUGAAGGGUUGUUUGGUGAACGGCUGAACAAUGAUUUAUUUUACUAUUUCAUGUGUUGUUCUGACUUGUUUUGUUGUUUUGAUUUUGUUUUGUUUUUUUUUUACACUGGACUUUGUGAAAGAAAAGUAUUAUGUUUUUAUUGUGUUAUUAUUAUUAUUAUUAUUAUUAUUAUUAUUAUUAUGCGUGUGCUUGCUGUCUUAUAUCGCUCUUUUUUUAAAGCACUUUAGGUUAUCACUUCAUAUGGAGUUUUUAAAAAGAUAAAUUUAUGUCAGAUUUUACAGAAACAUGUACAGCAAAUGCUACUGAACAGUAGUUGGUCCACAUUGGCCUCAUUGUCUUUAGACUGGUUAUGCAAUAUGUUUUAUUGAAUAAAACAUGUAGAGCAAUA